CAAAAACAAAGAAUUUGAAAAAAAAAUAUGAAAUUCGGUUUAAAGCUAUUUACGCAACAUUUUUAUUUGCAACGUAUUUUUUGUCUUCAAAUUUUGCAAACCUUAAAUGAAAACUAGAAACGUGUACUUGUGGAUGUUUGUAUUUUCGGUAGUAUCUUUUAUUAACUGUAUUUCAAGUAAUGGUAUUAUUGAAGGCCUUAUAAAUAGUUUUUCGAGCAUAGCAGAGGACGAUGAGUGUGAUCAACCGGAUUUGUGUGAUGAAAUGCAAAUAAUGUUACAUCUAGCUUGCAUUCGUAUAACAAGUCCUGAACGGAUAUUACUUUUACUCACCUGGGACUCGUUGCCUGCUGCUUGUGAUAAAACUGCAUCUGUUUUAGGGCACAUAAAUGACACUUUAACAGAUUGUACACCUCUGCAAACAAAUAAUUUAUAUAUGAGGUUAUAUAAAGCAUUGGUAUUCUUCCAAGGACAAAUGUGUACCAUGGCGGAAACAAAGUCGAAACAUAUGGAAAAAUAUCGCAGUUGCAUAUCAGAACUUCGUGAUGAUCUCAUCGAUUGCGAAGGUCCUGCCGAUUGGUUUGAGAAACGUAGUAAAACAUAUGUGUGCAGGCAAUUUACCGAAAUAAUUAACUGUGAUUAUAUAAGAGCCGCGUUGUUAUGUGGUCUUAAGCCUGCACGAAUGCUACGAAGUUUUGCGGCCGAGGUUAUAAAUAAAGCGUUAGUGUCAAAGUGCUUGGUUUCGUCCACAUUGCCUCAUGUACAUAAUCCAAUGUCGGAUGUUGGCAGUAGAGUUCCUAAUAAUGUUAUCGUUUGUAUUUAUAUAUUUCUACUAGCUUGUAUGUUACAAUAUUUUAUGUAAUAAAGCAAAUAUUAUUACAGUU